AUGGAUUCUAGCGAUGCGCAUGAGAGUACUCAGCCCAGGCAGCGCAUCACAAGUAUUGUUUUCGCCGUCUUGGCCAUUUUCUUUUUGGCGCUGAGACUAGUCGCCCGGGGCAUGAAGCGCGUUCACCUAGGAGUGGAUGACUGGACUCUGAUUGUGGGAUUGAUCUUUUCGUUGAUUAUUGCGGGAAUCAACCUCGCCUGUAUUGAAUAUGGCAUGGGCACACACACUUAUACCAUCCCUGCCGAGGAUCAAUCUAUGGUUUUCAAGUUGAUCUACGCUUUUGAGCCACUCUAUAUUACAACAGCCGGCAUCAUAAAAUUUGCUGUGCUGCUCAUGUACUAUCGCAUCUUCCCUGUCCGUUUCGUCAAAAUCGGUGGACUUGUCCUUGGCGGAAUUACUCUCGCUUGGGUUAUUGCCAUGGAUUUCCUCGCCUUGUUUCAGUGCUGGCCAAUUGCCAAGGCGUUCAACCCCAUGCUUCCUGGUCACUGCAUCGUUCUCAAGGGGGCACUGAUCGGGAACGGAGUACCAAACUUUGUGAUAGACAUAUGUAUUUUGGCUUUACCGGCAAAACUCAUCUGGGGGUUGCAGGCAAGUCUGUGGCAGCGUAGGUUCCCAGCAGAAUUCGAUGGAAAGCGGAUAUUUGGGCGUGUGCUGACGAGAUAUAGCGUCGUAAUUGCGAGUAUCUAUCGCUUCAGCCUCAUUUUUAUCUUCGAUAUCACCGAUGUGGCUUGGACCCUCGCCGAUGCGCAAACCUGGUGUGUCGUUGAGAGCGCUGCUGGUGUCAUUUCCGCCUGUCUACCUACUCUCGCCCCAAUUGUCAAAUAUUUCACCAAAGGCGUGAUCUCGACCGCUCGCUCGAUCUCAAAAUCAAAUCUGACACAGUCUGGAACUGGAGCUCUUUCACAAGUUGAUGCUGGUGAGGCAGGGCUGAUCGGUGGAGAGAACAAGGUCACGGUCACAGCCGGCGACGCGCCUCGUCAUAGUAAUGGGAACUAUGCGCUAACAGAUAUGAGCCCUAACAAUCGGGGGAGCUCACAUCUAAAAGGCAAGGGUUGGACGAUGAUAAGCGCCGAAACUGAUAGAGAUUCAACUUAG